AUGGCCUUCACCGAGUUCGUCGUCCCAACAUUGAAGACAGAUCCCGUAACGGAAGCAACAUUCACCACCGAGAUCGCACCCUUUCUCAUCACAAUCCUUGAUACACAUGUCACUCCUCCCAAGUUCAAAUACUUCGGGAAGAUUCUCCUCGAGAAUGGCAAUGAUGUGUCGGGGGACUUUAGACUUUGUGUUGGCCUUGAGUGGGAAGACGCCUCACAUUUCAACACCUUCGUCGCAUCAGAAAAUUUCCAGACCUUCAAAUCCAUCGUGAAGCCUCACUCUGUUGCACCGCCAGUCCCACAGCUAUAUAAUACCGAUUUCGAGCCGAGUGAGGUGUUUGGGAGUGCGUUGACGGAGGUGUGGCAGGUGAAGAUUGGGGAGGGGGAUGGGAAAGUAGUGGAGGCGAGGGGGGCGUGGGAGAAGUUUGUUAGUGCGGUUGCAGAGGCGGGUGGUGUGAAUGGGAAUGGGAAUAGUAUUCAAGGGACGAGUCUAAAUCUAGAGGAGAAGAGGUGGGUUGGUGUGUUGGGGUGGGAGAGUAGUGAGAUCAGAGAGAAAGUACUUGGGAGUGCAGCUGUGAAGGAAGCGGGGAAGAGCCUUGAUGUAUUGGUGUGGAAUACGUUCGUUACUGCAUUUGCGAAGCAACUGUAG